AUGAACCUUGUUUCAAUGCUCUAUUUCCAAACCUACUCCCAUGUCCCCUUCCUCUUCACUGUGCCCUCCCUCAGUGGGCUCAACGCUCAGGCUUAUGCUGAGGGAGUCUCUCUCUUUCUCAUCAAGUCUCCUCCCACCUGUUCCAGCAACCUAGGUGCUUUAGGGGCUCACAGCAGUGAGGUGCUAGAACUCCAGAUAAGAGACUCCUCAGAGGGAGAAGCUGACCCAGAGACAGAUUAUGAUCCAGAACUGAUCUGCUCACAACAAAGAUGUCAUCCUCAACUCUUCACUGGCUUUCACCCCUCCCCUAUCAUAGCCAAUCUCUUUACAAAGCCUCUUAAUUUCACCUCGGGAAUAAUCUUUCUCAAAUAUGCCUUCUUCUCCUCAAAUACAGCCGUCAUCAUCAUCACGUCUGGGAAGAGGGAACCUGGAUUAAUUGUGGGUUCUCCUAGAUUUAAAGACCAACCCAGUGUCCUGUUUUCUGUGGUUUCGGGGCUUCUUGCCAUCGUCUUCAUCACUGCUCUCCUCUUCACCUUGUGGUUCUGGAAUAAAUGGAAAAAAAAACAAGUAUCUUACUUCCGUGUCACCGUUGUCCCCUUGGUGACACUUUCUCGAUCCAGAGACCGAGCAAAAAACAUCUAUGGCUUUCUGCCCCAAAGUCAAGUAAGGCCUGGUCGGCGUCACUCAAGAAAUAUCCGUAUUUUCAGUACUGAGAGUCUCAUCCCCAGAAAUUCAGACAAUCCUAACUCUGAACAUGUGUUCUCACCAACAGUACAGGUUCUCCAGUCAUGCAGAGCCAGUGUUCCUGCCAUCACGUAUGAGGUUGGAAUCUAUGACAACACUGCUAUAUCCCAAGUCUGUGGGAGCUUUAUCCCUGCAGCAGACUAUGUCAAUGUUGGAGCUUCCAUAGAAAGCACAAGCACUUCUUCAGAGGAUUCCCAGGAUUAUGUCAACAUGCCCAAUGCUGAAGAAGUUUCUAGGAAUCCAGAUGCAAUAAACUCAUUGACUGGAAGUCUCCAGGAUCCUCAAACAUCUGAAGAGAGUAAACCCAGUGCAGAAAGAGAUAGAAGCUCAAGAGGUGUUGAAGACUGUGCCAGUAUUUGGGUUCUGGACCUUGAGGACAGUGACUAUCUUGGGGAUGCAGAGGGCUCUUCUCAGUCUUCCAAUGACUAUGUAAAUGUGCCUGCAGCAGACAGUGAGGAUGAUCAGGGCAGACAACCCUGGGUGACUUUUCAAGACUAUAGGGCUUAUGACAAUGUCCUUUGGGCUGAGCCUAAUGGGAAAAAGUCACAUGCAGGGGAAGGGUUGACCUCAAUAAAUAUAGGAGACAUGCUGGUUUGGACUCCCAGUCUCCCUUUUGAUGUCCAAAAUGAAGAGCAAAGAGAGAACUCACUUGACUUCUGGGAUUAUGUGAAUAUGGAACCAUCAACCGAGAUUGGAAACAGCCAAGAAGAAACAUCUGGAGAAACAGAUAGUGAGGAAUCUGAUGACUAUGUAAAUGUGCCAGGUGUGAUCGAGGAGGGAAAGAUCAGUAUUGAGCAUGGACCCGAGGCAAAGGAACUGACUGCACAGGAGAAAUCUACUAGCCAGGAUGGAGAUUUCUCUAGGUUCCUUCAUAGUUUAACUUCUGUACCCACCUAG